AGGUGGUAAUGCCGGUGUGGAGCCCGGACACAAGAUGACCAGUGCGAGUUGUAUGAGAGGAUGGUUGCCGGGCCCGCUGGACUUGUCCUCUUAUACGCCCUGAUGGUCGCCUCCGCCCCUGACUGGACUGACUGUCCCAUGUCGUGCCGGUGUAAGUGGACGUCCGGCAAGAAGUCUGCGCUGUGUCGGGACGCGGGGUUCACCACUAUCCCUGAUACUCUAGACUCUGAUAUGCAAGUGCUCGAUUUGACGGGGAACUCGAUUCCAUAUCUCACAAAGGACGCGUUUAAAAGUGUAGGACUAUUGAAUCUGCAAAGGAUAUUCCUGAAGGGAACGGGAGUGCGCGAAUUGCAUCGAGACGCGUUCAAAGACUUGACUAUUCUAGUAGAAGUCGAUCUUUCCGAUAACCUUAUCCACACGUUGCAUCAGGAGACAUUUUCGGGUAAUGGCCGUCUACGUGUUCUGUAUCUCAAUGGAAACCCGAUUACAGAACUCCGAUCGGGUCAAUUCCCCAUGUUGCCUCAUUUGAGGACACUCGAACUCCAACAUUGUCAAAUUAGGAUAAUCCACAGAGACGCUUUUCUUCAUUUAUCGGCCUUGGAAUCCCUCAGCUUAAAUGGAAAUCGUCUCAAGCAAAUAUCCGAAACAGUGUUUCUACCAGUUUCGAAACUAAAAACACUGUCACUCGAUGGCAAUCCGUGGAAAUGCGAUUGUGAACUAAGAGGUUUUCGUAACUGGUUGCUGUCGUCGAACCUUUACUCUCAUCCACUCAUCUGCACAGCUCCUGCUAUACUCGAGAGUAAGCACUGGGAAGACGUCAAACCUAUAGAGUUCGCUUGUCCUCCCACGGUCACCCUUAGCGAGACCAUGGUCCAGCAAGAGGCCGGAGGAAACGCGACGUUCAGGUGUCAAGUGCGUGGAGAUCCGGAGCCAGUCAUUUCGUGGCUAUUUAAUGGCAAGUCAAUAGGUAACGGUUCCGUGAACCAAGACCAAGUGCUCUUAAUCGAGGAGGAGGACGGGGACGUGAUGACAGAGAAGUGGACAACGCUUAGCUUGAUGAACGUGAGCGACAGUGACGCCGGCGAGUACACAUGCAUAGCACGGAACUUGCGAGGGAUCGCUGCGGCAAAUGUCUCGUUACUGUUGCCAGAGGUCAUCAUCGCCACUACACUCAGCAAGAGCGACCCUUGGCUCAUGUGGAUAGUCUGGCUCAUCUUCGGAGCCACUGGAGUCGUGUUUAUAUCCAUCCUUUCAGCGUGUGCAUACAGACUACGAAAGUGCAGAAGUAAGAAACACCGCAGAAAAGCAAAAAUCAAAGAAAGUGUCAGUUUUACAGACCAAGAAAAGAAGCUACUCGAUGUGAGCAUUGCGACUAGCACUGACCGUCCUAGCGGUAGUUGCGACGGCUUGGGGUCCCAGCCGGAUAUGGAACUGUUGGAACAGUCACUGCAGUCCAUCCCACUAGAACUUUGUGACCAGCCUGUACACAUCACCAUAGAGAGCCACGCGCCGGACCAAGCGGUCGUGUUUCCACCGCCACCAGAGUUCUCCACCAGUCUUCUGCCUCCCGGAGCGUUCGGCAACAUCUUCAUCUCCGUGUCUGUCAGUCAAGACCCCAACACCAUGGAUCCACCGCGGUAUCCGGACCUGCUCGACCUUCCUCACAGGAAGAGCGUGAGUGUGGCCGCUGGGCCUGACGCUCCGUUCUUCGCCACUUUGCCACGGCGCCAGUCACAGCCCAGGCCGGCCAAGGACCCGGACCCGCUGCUGAGGAUCGGUCCCCACUACGACGGCGUCGGUCCAAGAGUGACGGCCGCCGGCAGCUCCACUCUGUCUCUGCCGGACUCAGCCGCUGCCGAGGAUAUCCCUCCGCCACCGCCGCCGCCACUCUGCUCUCCCAUGACUGUUGAAUAUGUAUCAUUAUGAAUAUAAAUCAUUCUUUUUAUACAUUUAGUCUUAAUAUUUUAUUGUAAAUCGGUUCUUGUUCAAAGGAAAUUUAUCACAGAGAUCGAUGUUACGUCGUAAACUAUCGAGUACUAGUCUCAGAUCUAAAAAUAGUAUUUUGUUAUGUUUUGCAAUAGUUUAAUGUUACUAAGAUUAUUCAUUCAAUUAACGAGUGAAAGUAAGUAGAUUGCGAAAUCCCUUUGAUACAAGAUUGUCCUUGAAGGUAAAUAUGAAUAAAAACCAUGACACUAGUGGUUCUAAACUUUCCCUUACCGCUUUGAUUUUGCAUACCAGUGUUUUAUAUCAUGGUACUCUGGAAUGUUUUACUAAAGCUACAUUAUAAGUGUACCUAUAAAGGUUCCGUGGAUUAUUGGCCGUAACAAAAUUACAUUCAGUAGGGAAGUUUAAAAAGCUAAAUUGGUAAAUGUUUUUCUUUUGCGGUAAAAAAUAAAAAGCCAAUAACCAUAAACAAAUGAAUGAUUAAGAGGGUUGAAUAUCCAAUUUAAAAUUCAAAGACAUAUUUUCUAGUAAAGGACAC